AUGAUGAGGAAGCUCGAUUUUGGAUCUAAAUGGAUGUUUUGGAUGGAGGCAGGUCUCUUUAGUAGUUCUAUGUUUGUAUUGAUAAAUAGAAGCCUUACUAAGGACUUUGUGGUGGGUAGAGGCCUUAGACAAGGUGAUGCAUUCUCACCUUUCCUAUUUGCAAUAGUUGUGGAGGGCUUGGCUGGUUUAGUAAAACAAACUACAAGUUAUGGACUAUUCAAAGGAUUUGAGAUGACACAAUUUGAUGAUGACACGAUUCUUGUGGGGGAGGCUACUUGGUCCAAUCUGUGGGAUAUCAAGUCUAUUUUGAGAGGAUUUGAGAUGAUUUAUAGGCUAAGAAUAAAUGUGUGGAAGAGAAAAAUCUAUGGUAUUGGUGCUAGGGAGAACUUUCUUCAGGAUGCAUACUACUACUUGAUAUGA